AUGUCUGGCGCCUCUACUGCCCCUGCUGCCGAUGCUGAAAGCAUUGUUCGCUCACAGUGGGCCACACGCGAUGCUGCUGCCCGUCUUGCUGUGCGUAGUCACUUGUCGUCCACUGAGCGCGCGCACUUUAGUCAGUACAAGAGUGCUAAGACCUUGUACGAUGCUGUAGUUGCACGCUACUCUUCCCCUGCCACUGCUGCCCUUAGCUGCCUUAUGCUGCCGUACCUGUUUCCUGACCUUGCCACCGUUCCCACAGUCGCUGACCUCAUUACGCACCUUUGCACUAGUGACACCUGCUACUGUACUGCGCUUCCUGCUGAGUUCUGUGCUAAGAACCCCCCCCACAUGUACAUCACCCUCUACUACAUAGUCACCCGGCUCCCUGACUCCCUUCGCUCGGUCAGGGACCACUUCCUCUCUGUUUGCCCCGUCACACUCACCGUUGACCUACUCGAGGAGCACCUCCUGGCAGCUCAGAAGAGCAUAGUUGCUGUAGGAGCCUCUCAUGGUGACCCUCGUGCCCCCUUCUUUGAGGGGUGCUCCCCCUCCCUCCUUUUGCCCUCUGUUGCCUCUGCUCUUGCCGUCGACUUUGUCGGCACCGAGUCGGUCGGCGAUGUGUCUGCCCCUAGCGGGCGACGCCGCAUCGGCAAGGGCAAGGGGGGCAAGGGCGCUGGAGGUCAGGGGUUGCUAUCUUAUGAUGCUAUUCUUGCUGCCAUGUAUGUUGUGUCUACUAGUGAUGAGGGUGACUGUUACUUGUGUGUUCCACCUGACCCGGGCAUUCGGGCUGCUGCUCUAGGUGCUGGUGAGGCUGCUGCUCUCGGUGCUAGUGCGUCUGCUGCCCCAGGUGCUGGUGAGUCUGCCCUCUCAUAUACCACGUCGGCUCAGGCCUUCCACACCUUCACCGUUGACUCGUUUGCUUCCCGCUCCUUUUUUCGAGGCCGCACCACGCUUACGCCGCUUAGUCGGCCAAUUUCGGUCUCCCUGGCAAACCCAUCUGGGGGUCCUGUCCUUGCCCACUUCUCCACUGUCUUACCGUAUCCGGCGGCCCCCUCUGGCACCCGAUCAGAUCUCUACAAACAUGGUGAGGGGUGCUGA